CGAGCUGUCAAACGGCGGGGUCCUUACGGGUCCUUCCUGCCCCGAGCCGCUCCGCCACUCUCCCGACGUACGCCGAGCACCGGAGAAAAAACGGUAAAUUAACCCGAAAUCCACCUCGAACCGAGCGGGCACCGGGAGUCAUGAUGGGCGGUAAGACCAGCGCGCUGGCCGCGGGGCUGUGCGGGGCCCUGCUCCUCGGUUACUGCAUCUACUUCGACAAGAAGCGACGGAGUGACCCCGACUUCAAGAACAGGCUGCGAGAACGGAGGAGAAAGCAGAAGGUCGCCAAAGAGAGGGCGGGCAUGGCUAAGCUCCCGGACCUGAAGGACGCGGAGGCGGUGCAGAAGUUCUUCCUGGAGGAGAUCCAGCUGGGGGAGGAGCUGCUGGCUCAGGGUAAGCGUGCGUCCUCCGUCACCAGGUGGUGCCACGGCAACGCAGGUCUGCACGUCCAUGUCCAAUCAGGGACGUGUGUUUCAACCGCGGCGAAAAGCUCCGGCAGAGUCAGCUGUUGGUGAAACGCAGCCUGAUGUCACGCUGCCGGUGGUCAGACUGUCGCUGUGUUUAGAGGCGACGUGG